AGGUCAGCUUUGCGGCUCGAUGUGAACUUUGACCGCUCCAACACAACAUGACAACUCCACACCGGGAGGUUGAGACUGUCAAAUCUUGAAGAAGUCCUUCUUAACCGAAAUCUUGUGCCUUCUGGAGUUAACUUCGUGUCCCAAGAUGUUUCCCCUUCGCGUCGUACUUUCAACAGUCUCCUCACGAAGUCCAAGGAAACUGUUGCAGUCUUCAAGGCACUUCAGCAAGUCUCACCUUUUGAAGACUCCCCUGGCAUGGCGUUCUCAGCCGCGUCUGGGGCAGCUCGCAUCGGUCAAAAGGUGUUUGCAGAGGUGUCAGGUGUCUGCUCGAUGUCUGUCAGGUGAGGCCACGGACCACAUCGUCCACAGCAGCUACGCUGACGUGACCAUCCCUGGAGACCAGCACCUGACAGAAUUUGUGCUGAAAGACUUCGACAAGUACGGGGACAACAUUGCUAUUGUUGACGGCCCAACUGGUCGAUCCUACACCUUCUCUGAACUGAAGGACCUGAUCCGACGUCUCAGCAGCGCCCUCGCGCGGCUGGGCUUCAAACAGCAGGACGUGCUGGCCCUGUACGCCCCCAACCUGCCCGAAUACGCCAUCGUGCUGUUCGCUGUGACAGCUGUGGGAGGGGUCAUAACCACUGUGAAUCCACUAUAUACCGUAGGUGAACUGACCAACCAACUGACCCACUCCAAGGCCCAGUACCUGGUCACCAUUGCUGACUUUGCAGAGAAUGCCAGGAAAGCCAAGUCCAACUGUCCUGGUGUGAAGGACAUCUACGUAAUCGGGGGUACAGUGGAGGGCUGUAAGCCUCAUCAGUCCUGCAUUUUUAUUUGUUUGUUUGUUUGUUUAUUGUUUUUUUGCUUGUCAUGUUCUAUUGCACAUAUGAAGGACAUCUUCAUAAUCGGGGAAACAGCGGAGGGCUGUAAACCUCUAUCAGAUCUGUUGGAAGACGAUGGUUCGGCGAUGCCAGCGGACGUAAAGAUCGAUCCCAGCGAGGACAUCGCGAUUCUUCCGUACUCCAGCGGAACUACCGGACUGCCGAAGGGCGUCAUGCUCACGCACUAUAACAUCAUCGCAAACCUGUGUCAGAACAGGGUGAAAGGAAUCCUGCUACUGGAGCCACGGGAGGAAUGUCUCAUCGGGCAGCUGCCGUUUUUCCACAUCUACGGGCUGGUGGUGAUCCUGUUCAACUGCCUCAUGCAGGGCGUCAGGCUGGUCACCGUGCCGCGCUUCGAGCCGGAGGCAUUCCUUGAAUGUGUCCAAAACUACAAGGUAACCAGGAUCUUGACCGUACCCCCCGUUGCCGUGUUCCUCGCUAAACACCCCAUUGUAGACAGCUACGACCUAUCGCUGAUCAAGGAGGUGUUCUGCGGCGCUGCUCCCAUGGGAACGGAGAUCACCAUGGCGCUGAUGGACAGACUCAAGAUACCCAAUCACAGGCAAGGUUAUGGGCUGACAGAGACCAGCCCGAUCGUUACCAUUGGAAGAGAAGGAGUCUUUGUCCCGGGGUCGUUUGGAAUUCUCGUUCCCAACACCAAGGCCAAGGUGGUUGACACGGAGACGGGAGAAGCGGUGGGACCCGGGGAGGACGGAGAGCUGUGCGUCCUCGGCCCGCAGGUCAUGAAGGGUUACCUUGACAACCCCGAGGCCACGGCCAGCACCAUCAACCCAGAAGGGUGGCUACUUACAGGUGACAUUGUUCGUUACGAUGAAGACGGGAACUUCUACGCAGUGGACAGGGUGAAGGAACUCAUCAAGUACAAGGGUUUUCAGGUGGCGCCAGCGGAGCUGGAGUCCGUGCUGCUCGGACAUCCUGGUGUCCAGGACGCGGCUGUUAUCGGGUUACCAGACGAGGUUGCAGGAGAGCUUCCCAAAGCCUUUGUUGUGAAAAAGGUUGACGAUGUCACGGAAAAAGACAUUACAGACUUUGUCGCAGAGAGAGUUGCUCCCUACAAGAAGCUGCGGGGAGGAGUGGCAUUUGUCGGGGAGAUUCCCAAGACUCCGAGUGGAAAAAUCCUGCGCAGACUGCUGAAGGACAUGAAGGAAUAG